AUGGCGGAGUACCUGCCCCUGGACCGUUUCAAGGCGGUGUACGUGGUCGACCUCUGCCACUCCCUGUGCGAGCAGGCCAAGGCCAAAGCUGCGGCCAAGGGCUGGUCCAACGUGCGCGUGGUGGAGGCUGACGCGUGCGGCUUCAGGCCGCCAGAGGGGGAGGCCACGCUGGUCACCUUCUCAUACUCCCUGUCAAUGAUCCCGCCGUUCAUUGAUGCGGUGGACAACGCCACCAGCUGGCUGGCGCCGGACGGUUUGAUGGGGGUCACCGACUUCUUCGUCAGCGGCAGGUACGACGUCCCGAUGCGCCAGAUGUCAUGGGCGCGCCGCUUCUUCUGGCGCGGCGUGUUUGAUAUCGACAACAUCGACAUCGGCCCCGAGCGCAGGCAGUACCUCGAGACCAAGCUCGAGGUGGGGCCUCCUUCCGGGGCGCGGCCGCCAGUCUGA